AUCACUAAAGAUAAUGUGAUACAGACAUAUGACACAUCUGGUUUUCACAAAUCUAAAAUAGGAGCUGGUUUAUUGGACUAGUCUAAUCCAAUAAAUCAAAGCUCAGAAUACAGUGUAUACAUUUAUCAUUUUAUUCACAUUCAAAAGCAGCUCAACAGCAUAAGAAACAGUGAUUACGGAGUUGUCAAAUCUAAAAAUAUACUUCUUAAAUACUUCUUGUUUGUAUUAUCUAUCUGUCAAUUCAAUUACAGAAAAAUGUAACAUUUCUGAAUGCAAUGAACUAUGAUCAUAUCACAUAAAAAAUUGUUGAACAACGUUUUGAUGUUAUUUCCUCCCGAAAUAAACAAAUCUCUGAUUGUCUAUGUGAGCAAACGGAGUGUUGAGAAAAACAGGUCAGUCUCAAUUAUAAAAUCGUUAUGAGGAGUUUAGACAUGUUUUUUAAUUGUCUGACACAGUCACAUUUCAUAUAAUAGAAACCAAACUCUACUAUAUGAAACUUUAAUCGCUCAGUGGCCACUAUUAAACCACGGCUGUCCAUCAAAACGUUUACCAGUUUGACAGACAGCCCGUUCAUCCAAUCACCGGCUUCCUCGAGCCACAUGCCAACCCCCUUGAGGCGGGGUAACCAGCACAGAGCAAGGAACAGAGGCCAGACAAACGGUGCAAUUCCACGUCCAUGAUCGCAUUUACAUCAAAAUAUAUAAACAAACAGGACGUCGCGUAGAAUAAUAUUGCUUCGUUUCGGUAAGAAAGGCAUUCUAAACACGGGAAAGCUUAAGGCGAGCAGAGAAGAGCAGCACGAGGGAUCGCCCAGCUGCAGCGCGCGAGGAAAGGCUCGGAAACGGCUGAGGAAAGAAGGCCUCGCUCAGCGCUCUUAGACCUGCGGGGAAAAGUGAAGAGCGCCGCCUGACGACCGCCGUGGAGCGGGGUGACUCGCUCAGGAGACCGCGGUGCGCUCCGUCAGCUCUGGCAAAAACUGUAGAGCGCCGCCAUCUGCUCGCCACAAGGUUACGGAUUCAUAUCUGGCAAAGUAAUGUGUACUGAACUCAGUCGUUGCGCCUCAUAACAUCUACCUAUGGUCACAUAGCACAGCAUCUUUACAUAUUACCUCCUGCCUGCUUUAUCACUGCAAGUACUCAGUUACCAUGAGUGACCAGGAGUAUAUAGAGCAUCAGUAUAUGUGCAGUGAGUGCCAGCAGCUUUUUAAUACGUUGGAAGAGGUGCUGGUGCACCAGCAGAUCCACACUGGAGCCGAAGGGGAUGAAACAGAAGUCCUGGCCAGCCAUGAAGAUUAUGAGACUGGAGAGAGCCAGUAUCAGUGUCUGGAGUGUGGAGCCAUCCUCAGGAAUCCAGAUGAACUACUGGCACAUCAGGAGCUGCACAUGAGGGAGGCAGGGCAGGAGCUCUGUGAGGUCACAGAGAUGGGUGGUGCCAGUGGGGAAGUGCCAAUCCAGUACCAGUGUCUAGAAUGCCUGGCUCUCUUCGACAGACCAGAACUUUGGAUGGCACACAGGCAGUCACAUAGCAGAAGCAGCACCCAUAGCACCUUGAGCACUGAAACUGAAUUUGUUCUUCAGCCGGAUGGCUCGGUCACUCCGCUUCAGUCGCACAAUGUGCAGAAUCUUGUUCUGGAUGAUCAAAGGGCAGGCCAGAUACUGACCCUAGCACAGGCUCUUCGAAAUCAAGAAACUCCAUCUGAGUCCGCAGCCCCUGCCAGAGCUAUGCUAGUUCCGGCAAACGCUUCCUUAACUGGCACCUCCUCCGCUAUGCUCCGCCUACAGUUCUGCUCCGCCCAAGCUAUUGCUGAUGGGACUGCCUCAGGUGCCCUUUCCAAAGCCAAACUCCUCGCCCCCCUCUUACAUGCCGAUCCUAUCAGGUUGGACAACAUGACCACUCUGAGCCUUCUCCCGGCUUCGGGUCAGGUGAACACGUUAAAGAAGGAAGAAGAGGAAAUUUUAAUCAUCCAUCCUUAUGAAUGUUCCGAGUGUAACCUGCUAUUCAGCACACCAGAGGAUUAUCUUCAACACCAGGGGGAGCACUUCUUAGGCCAGGACAAGGAGAGUGGGGGCACUGGGGUGAUGAUGGGGUAUGAAGACAGCUCUGUGUCUCGGGAGGAUGAAAGAAGAAGCAAUGGAUCGGAAGAGGGCCGUAAAGGGGGCAGAGUUACUGUAGGGAGGUUUGCACAAGCAACCCGCUCUGACGGUCAGGGCUUGACAUCUCCUGCCUCUCCCAGCAGUCUUCAGUGUGAGGAGUGCAACAGAACGUUCACCACAGCCAAUCGGCUUGCGGCACACAUUCGGGUGCACGAGCAAGGAACUCACGAGUGUCCGGAGUGUGAUAAAGUGUUUAAGAAAUUGGUAUCGCUACAGACACACAUGCGCACACACUCUGGUGAGGCACGUUUUCUGUGUGUGGACUGUGGACAUGGUUUUACCACAGAAAUGACACUUAUGAUACACAGGAAAACUCAUACAUCUGAACCACUGCACAGAUGCCCGUUUUGUGCCAAAACCUUCACUAACAUGACCAAAUUCUUGUACCAUCGCCGCACUCACAAAAUCCGUGAGCCGGUGGUGCAAGACUCUCAGUUUGUUCUGGCCAAGCAGUCAUCCCUCUCCAUUAUCCAAAGAGCAAGAGAACGAGAGGCUGCUUGGAAGAAAGACAGACAAGAUCCCAGCGAAACAGGUCCUGUUGUCAUUGAAGGUAUUACUGUGGUCUCCCGGUCUAGCGAGCCGGCAGAGAACGGACUUCAUGCUAAACUCUCAAACACAGAGCAAACCCAAAAUCAAGUAAAGAUGCAAGCAUGUGACCCAAACCAUUCAACUACUGGCAAUGUGGACAAAAGCAGGAAGCAGGAAAGUAAAUCCAAGAAUGCAGAGGAAGAUCUAAAAUUCCCAUGUCCCACUUGUAAAAAAAGAUUCUCCUCACAGGUCCGCUUGUUGCGGCAUCGCAGGACAGCUCACACCGCUGAAAGACGCUUUAAUUGCAACAUCUGCGGGAAACUUUUCAAGAAGCAGAUCCACCUGCGGAACCACCUGCGCACUCACACGGGCGAGCGUCCGUUCCAGUGUAGCGUGUGUGGAAAUACCUUCUCCUCGCUCGCUAAUCUUUCCCGCCACGGACUCACGCACACAGGAGUCCGUCCAUACAGGUGUGACAUAUGCCACAAAGCCUUCAGCCAAUCUUCCAAUCUCCGUCAACACCGUCAGCAUCUUCACGGCAAUGCCAAGCCCUUGCCCUGUCCGGACUGCCCCGCAUCGUAUAUCCGUCCUGCUAAACUGGUAGCUCAUCGUUUUCUUCACCACCCGGGGUCACCGGCACCAUACCCCUGCCCGCACUGUUCUGAAGGGUUCUUGCGGAAACGCCAACGAGACCUGCAUUGCCUGGAGGACCAUCCCAACCUAACAUCCCCGCACAGUAUCUCUCAAGAUUCCCAAGCAGCAUCUUGUCAGCAGCCAUCGACAGAUGGCACUGAGCAACAGAACACCACUUCAAUUCUAAGACCCAAUCUGGAUUGCCCUAUCUGCGGCAAGCGCCUCAACUCACCUGCAAAUCUUCGCUUGCACCAGCUAAGCCACGGACUCGGGCCGGGCAGGCCCCGAGGCUCCGCCUCUACAGGAAAGUCCCAUCAUCCCUGCCUAGUAUGUGGAAAGCUAUUCGUUUCUGCCUCAAGUGUUACACUGCAUCAAAGAGUUCACACUGGCGAGCGGCCGUAUCCCUGCGCCAUCUGUGGCAAGCGGUUUCGUCAAAACACGCACCUGCGCGAGCACCUUCGCACGCAUUCGGGCGAGCGGCCGUUUCGGUGCGAGUUCUGCGACAAAGGCUUUGUGCAGAGCAUGCAUCUGGCAGAACACCGGCGAACGCACACCGGCGAGAGGCCACAUGCUUGCGCUGAAUGCGGAAAGACUUUCAGGACAGUAUCGAACCUUAGGAACCAUCGUAAGACCCACAAUCGCACCCAAAAGCAAGAGGACCCAGAGCAAAGUGCGGACGCUGGUGCAGCAGCUAAUACAGCAAUCUUUGCUGUCGUGGAUGCUUCCGAGUUAGAUCUUGCUACAGCAGUACCAGCGCUUUGCCAGCAGGGGGUGCAGCUCGGGCAGUCCCAAGUCUUUCAGAUACAGACAUCUAGCCUGACACAGACUCAAGGCACUCCCACUAUUAUGUGUAAUGAGUUUGGGGAGCCAAUAGCCAUUAUAGAGACUAGUGGAGACCUGGCAGAGGCCAUUGAGCUGUACCACACCGCCAUGGAGGGCGGCAUCAACAUGGAGGCCAUCACUGUGGACAACGUGCAGUUAAUGUGAAACGAGUGAAUAAUCAUGCAGCAUUCUAGCAGCCUUUAGGGAUCAUCUUCAAAACUGGAAUAUGACAGAAAAAGAUAACCAGAAGUGAUGCUCGGACUGAUUGAAGUGAGCUGUCUGAGACGAUGAUCGAAUUGGCUUCCAUUGAAGUGUAUCACAAAACUGCCACUCGAAUCAAUUCUCUCAGAUCAGUUUUCAUGCAUAUGUUCUCUUUUUCCCAAGAGGUGGGCAGACAUAGUGUGGAUUGUGACAGCCUUUAGAGGACACAACUGAAGAGAUUUCAGUCUGUGGCAAGAUGGCUGUCGACAGACAUUUUGGACAAAGGCAGAAAAAAUGACACCUGUUGGUGCAGCGGUGCAAGGAUGUUUAAGUUGUUAGUCAAUAACAUAUGCUCAUUGACACUCACACAUUGAACAUUCUGAUCGGCAGUUCUUGUGAGGUACCAGAAACGGCAACUGUUAGCUUAAGGACUCAAAAACCACUUGACAGGUCAUUACCGUGAUGGUCAAAUGUGUUUCAUACAGUAUCACACCUAUCUGUCCGUACACUGAACGUUAUUUGUAGCAUUUUUUUUAUCAUUAGUAUGAUGACUUGGAGGUGUUAAUAAAUUUAAACAGUUUGUCUCGG